AUGAAAUUAGUCGCCGCUGAAGCUGGUCUACAGCCAACUAAAAUAAAUUUAUUUUCGUGUUACACUAAACGUGUACGAGCCAACCUACAUGCAGUAAUUACAAUGAGUCCUAUUGGUGAAAUAUUUCGUACACGUUUAAGACAAUUCUCUGCCUUAGUCAAGUGUUGUACUAUUGAUUGGUUUAGUGAGUGGCCAAAUGAAGCGCUUGAAUCAGUUGCAUUGAGAAUGCUACAAAAUAUGUCUGAUUUAGAAGUUAACAAAGAGACACUCAAAGCAUUAGUUCAAAUGUAUAUUGAUAUGCACCAGUCAGUGGUUAGAAAUACAGAAUUAUUCAAGCAUGAAUUAAAUCGUCACAAUUAUGUGACGCCAAAAAGCUUUUUAGAAUUAUUGACUGUUUUAUUGAAUUGUAUAUUAACUGUCUUCUCUAAAAUUUACGGUAUAAAAAAACAGGAGAUUAUUACAGCACGAAAUCGUACACACACAGGUUUGGAUAAAUUAUUGCACUGGUGUGUUAAUAUGACACUACAUACACCAUGCUUAGUGUGA